CAUUUCCACCUUAACCUUAUACUACCCAUUUCACUUUAUUUCCUUCCAUUUUCCUCUGCCAACCCAAACAAAACCUCUCUAAUUCCCUUUCCUUUUCGACGAUGAGAGAAAUCCUUCACGUUCAAGGAGGCCAAUGUGGGAACCAAAUUGGAUCCAAGUUUUGGGAAGUGAUCUGCGGGGAACACGGCGUUGAUCCUACUGGAAGGUACAAUGCUGAUGGUGAAUCAUCCGAUAACCACCUGGAGCGGAUCAAUGUGUAUUAUAACGAGUCUUCCGGUGGAAGGUACGUUCCUCGUGCGGUUCUCAUGGAUCUUGAACCCGGUACUAUGGAUAGUAUCAGAUCUGGUCCCUACGGCCAGAUCUUUAGGCCUGAUAAUUUCGUCUUUGGACAAUCUGGCGCUGGAAACAACUGGGCCAAGGGUCAUUACACUGAAGGUGCCGAGUUGAUUGAUGCUGUUCUUGAUGUUGUUCGUCAAGAGGCUGAGAAUUGUGAUUGCUUGCAAGGCUUUCAGGUAUGCCAUUCGCUUGGAGGAGGCACAGGCUCUGGCAUGGGAACUCUCCUGAUAUCGAAAAUCAGAGAGGAAUAUCCUGACAGGAUGAUGAUGACAUUCUCUGUUUUCCCUUCACCUAAAGUCUCCGACACAGUUGUGGAGCCGUAUAAUGCCACCCUCUCUGUGCAUCAAUUGGUUGAGAAUGCUGAUGAAUGCAUGGUUCUUGACAACGAGGCACUUUAUGAUAUUUGCUUCAGGACAUUGAAGCUCACUACUCCAAGCUUUGGAGAUCUGAACCACUUGAUAUCUGGAACAAUGAGUGGUGUAACAUGCUGCCUAAGGUUCCCUGGACAGCUGAACUCAGACCUCCGGAAGUUGGCUGUGAACCUGAUCCCAUUCCCACGUCUUCACUUCUUUAUGGUCGGGUUUGCACCACUUACAUCCCGUGGUUCCCAGCAAUACAUUUCGCUCACUGUUCCGGAGUUGACACAGCAGAUGUGGGAUGCCAAGAACAUGAUGUGUGCUGCUGACCCUCGCCAUGGUCGCUACCUAACAGCCUCAGCUAUGUUCCGAGGCAAGAUGAGCACCAAAGAGGUUGAUGAACAGAUGAUCAACGUUCAGAACAAGAAUUCAUCUUACUUCGUGGAGUGGAUUCCCAAUAAUGUGAAGUCCAGUGUUUGUGAUAUUCCACCAAAGAACCUAAGGAUGGCAUCGACUUUUGUGGGGAACUCAACAUCAAUCCAGGAGAUGUUUAGGAGGGUAAGUGAACAAUUCACAGCAAUGUUCCGUCGCAAGGCGUUUUUGCAUUGGUACACUGGUGAAGGGAUGGAUGAGAUGGAGUUCACAGAAGCAGAAAGCAACAUGAAUGACUUGGUUGCAGAGUAUCAGCAAUACCAGGAUGCGGCCGUGGAUGAUGAAGGGGAGUACGAGGAUGAUGUCGAUGGUGUGGAGGACGAUUAUGAGUCCUAAAUGAAACUCCAACGAUAGACCUUUUCUAGCUUGUAUUGUAAUAAUACUAUUACUACUACGUGGCUGAUAGUGUUUGUAUAAGUUUUCUGGUUUGCUCGUAUAUUGUAUUUCUCAUGAUGAUGAUGAUGAUGAUGAUGAUGAUGUUUCUUUUUGCUUCUUUCCGACUCAAAUAAAGAAAAUUUAUCAAUUUAAA